GCUGCCGCGCGCUACCGCCCGCGUUUCCCUCCAGAGUCCAAACCAAACCCCCAUGUGCUCGUUUCAGCUUCUUCUUCCACCUCCAUUUCGUUUCGUUUCACACGCUCGCCCGCCGCCACUAUACUAAUUGCCGACACCCCCGCACACCACUUGCCGCGUCGCUGCGCAGGCAAUAUGCCCGCGGAUCGGCAGCACACACCGAAUGCACCCACGAAUCUCCGGGCCAUCUGAUCCCCGGCCCCUUCCCUCUGCUGCUGGCUGCCCCCCUGCCUGAGCUGUACUGCUCUUCCUCCUAACCAAUCACUCGACCAAUCAUCGCGGCCUCCGAGGGGAAAAUCUCGGCGCAUUUCGCCUGUACCUUGGCGCACUGGGGGGGUCAGAGGGAAGAAUGAGAGGGAAUAUGGGCCAUUUUCUUUAGCGCGUUGAGGUCGGAGGGGAUCAGGGGACCCAGAAGAGGCCCUGAGCUGUCGCUGGCGUAAGGAUCAAAAAUCAAUCCCCCCCGGCGCUGCUGAAAUCCAUGCGAGCGACCUGGCAUUCUUGGUGGCCCUGAAUUUCUUAUACUACCUCCCCUCCAGUCAGCAGCAGCAAGUGUUGCGUACUGAGCAAGAGCAAGCAAGGUCCCGUGCUUGCUUUGCAGGCAGCUCGGGCAGGUCCACUGCUUCUGCUUCUACUCCCGUUGUGUGUGCUGCCCAGUGCGCAGGAGACUACUACUGCCACUAGUCCAGCAAUUGGAGCUUUGCUCUGUCCGUCCCCAAUGGCUCGCGAGGUCGCGGCUUUGCUGCCGCUGCUGCUGCUAGUGUCAGUGGGGAUGGCUGACCAGGAGAGCGACCGGAUCCGGGAGCUCCCGGGGCAGCCGCCCAAUGUGGGGUUCUCGCAGUACUCCGGCUACGUCACGGUCAACCCGGCGAGGGGCCGCGCGCUCUUCUACUGGCUCGUAGAGGCGGCGCCGGCGGCGGGGCCCAUCGCGCCGCUCGUGCUGUGGCUGAACGGCGGGCCCGGGUGCUCGUCCGUCGGCUACGGCGCGUCGGAGGAGGUCGGCCCGUUCCGUAUCAGGCCGGACGGCAAGACGCUCUACCUCAACCCCAAUUCUUGGAACAAGGCGGCCAAUUUGCUCUUCUUGGAGUCGCCGGCGGGCGUGGGGUUCUCGUACUCGAACACGUCGUCGGAUCUGUACACCGCCGGAGAUGCCAAGACAGCACUGGAUGCCUACGCUUUUCUGGUCAAUUGGUUGGAGAGAUUCCCACAGUACAAGUACAGGGAGUUCUACAUUGCAGGAGAGAGCUAUGCAGGCCAUUAUGUACCCCAGCUAGCCAAGCUCAUAUAUGAAAAGAGCAAGGGCAUUCAGAAUCCCAUAAUGAACCUCAAAGGAUUCGUGGUGGGGAAUGCGGUUACUGAUGAUUACAACGACUAUCUUGGUACAUUUGAGUACUGGUGGAGUCAUGGUUUGAUCUCUGAUAGCACUUACCGCAACCUGAAGGCGACAUGCAUAUUUGAUUCCUCCGAGCACCCUUCUCCUGAAUGUGUCAAGAACCUGAACCUGGCUAGUUCCGAAGAAGGCAAUAUUGAUCCUUACAGUCUGUAUACAAAGCCCUGCAACAACUCAGCCUCUCUCAAACUUGGCCUUGGAGGACGCUAUCCUUGGUUGUCCAGAGCUUAUGAUCCUUGCACCGAAAGAUAUGCAAAUGUUUACUACAAUCUGCCAGAAGUCCAGAUGGCGUUACACGCUAACACCACUGGAAUCCAAUACCCUUGGAAAACUUGCAGCGAUAUUGUCGGAUCAUACUGGGCGGAUUCACCAAAAUCUAUGCUUCCUAUCUACCAAGAGUUAAUUGCAGCUGGUAUCAGGAUAUGGGUUUUCAGUGGGGAUACAGAUGCAGUAGUUCCUGUAACAGCAACAAGAUACUCGAUAAAAGCUCUCAAGCUACCAACGCUGAUGAAUUGGUAUCCUUGGUAUGACCAUGGGAAGGUUGGAGGAUGGAGUCAAGUUUACAAAGGACUAACUCUAGUCACGGUAACAGGUGCAGGGCAUGAGGUACCCCUGCACCGGCCUCGACAAGCAUUAAUACUAUUCAGACACUUCUUGAAGGACACACCAAUGCCAACUCAAUAGCCACUUGAAGCAAAAUGAUAGGGAAACUACGAAGAUCAUAUACACUGUUUUUUCACAUUCUUCUUCUUUUGUUUGAUUUGAUUAUUACAACAUGUUAUUCAAUCAUCUCUAUUGAAUGUAUGUAGGUUUCUUAGCUAAUAGGGAAAUCUGACAUUUGUACUGCUGCAGCUAAAGAGCUAAUUGUAUAUGAUAAUGAAAGUGAUUAUUUGAGCAGUACAAUUUCCAGGUAUACAACUUAUUUACGGAAA